GUCUUCAGCAGCCCACUUGAGGAUAAUUAUUUAUCUCCCUGCAUCUCAACUUCAUUCAAAUGCUCCUCCGAUUGUGCUGCUUGUGCAGCCGCGUCAUUUCACGCAGUCAAGGAGGAAGAAACGGUUGGAGGACAUUCGUGGGACAAACAUGCGUGAAAAAUGCUGUGGUGAUAAAGGUGCAACAGAGUACCAAACAAUUGACAAUUGUACCAAAACGCCUCUCUCACGCUGAUUUGGGGGAUUUGUACCAGAAGGAGUCUGUUCAGCGGUACCUGGAGCAGCUGGUGCAGGAAUACAGAGACGUAGUUACGAAGUUACAGCAUCCACACCUCAGCGAGACGGAGAGAAAAGUGCUGGUGAAGAAACACACAGAACUCCUGCCCCUGGCAAAUGUGUUUGAAAGAAGUCAAAAAGCCAAGAAAGACCUGGAGGAAGUCAUUUCUCUUCUGCAUAGUUCAACUGCAACCAAAGAUGAAGAUGAACAUCUGAUCCAGCUGCUGAAAGAGGAAGAGGAACAAAUCUCCAGCAAAAUAUUGUCCUUAAGAAAAGAUCUGAUCAAAGCGCUUGUUCCCACCGACCCCCUGGAUCCCAGUGAUGUUGUCCUGGAGGUCGUAUCAGGACGAACAACAGGAGGUGAUAUCUGUCAGCAGUUCACCAGAGAAAUGUUUGAUAUGUACCAGGGUUUUGCCUUUUACAAGAACUGGGACUGUGCGGUUCUGAACUACACACCUGCGGAGUAUGGUGGUUUGCACCAUGCAGCAGUAAGGAUAGCCGGGGAGAAUGUGUACAAACAUCUGAAGCAUGAAGGAGGGACGCAUCGGGUGCAGAGGAUCCCUGAGGUGGGCCUGUCCUCCAGGAUGCAGCGCAUUCACACAGGAACCAUGACUGUCAUAAUCCUGCCACAGCCAGUGGAGUUAAAUGUCCACAUAGACCCAAAGGAUCUUCGAAUCGACACAUACAGAUCUCGAGGUGCUGGAGGGCAAAGUGUCAACACAACAGACAGUGCAGUGCGAAUAGUUCAUCUUCCAACUGGAAUAACUGCUGAGUGUCAGCAGACUCGCUCUCAACUGCAAAACAGAGACACUGCCAUGCGUGUGCUGAAGGCCAGGCUCUAUCAGAGCAUGAUGGGUAAGGAGACGGAGCAGAGGGACACAGCACGGAAGCAGCAGGUAGGCACACGCUCUCAGUCAGAGAGGAUUCGUACCUACAACUUCAGCCAGGACCGUGUCACAGAUCACCGGACCGGAUAUACCACCAGAGACAUUAAGGAGUUCAUGAGAGGAGGGGAGGCACUGGACGAUCUGAUCUGUGACGUACUGGGGCAUGUGGAGCGGGAGUCUCUCCUGGAGGCCGUGGAGAGCAGCAGCAGCAGCAGCAUGAUGAGACCGGACACGGGAUAGUCUGCAGACUGACGCCCACCACAGCUUGCUGAAUAUAGUCAGUGAAGGCAUUUCUGCAUAUCAGGACAUAUUUAUUAUUCAUGUGAAAAUUGUGCUCGACGACAGGACACUUCAAACAUGACUCUGAUAAACAGGUUUUUAUUUUUUUAAUAAAAAUUCAAUUAUACAUUUUGUGUGUGGGUAUUCUCUUAAAACUACACAUUUUAAAUGUUAUAAUUCAGGCCAAAUAGACAAAAUUGUUGUUUAUUGUGUACAUGUAUCUUUCAUGGUACUGUGCCAGUCAGGGUGCGGUUAAACCAUCUAUCAGCUUUAUACACACACUUCCA